GGAACAAGAGGUCCCGAACUGACCAGGUUGACAGACCUUCGAGGUCUUCCUCCUCCUCCUCUAGAGGAGGAACCGUUGGCUGGAACUUUGCUCAUUCGAAGCCUGGAUCGGUUUUGGAUGAUUCGUGGGGUUUGGCUACUCUGAUGAGGCAUAUGAAGAGUACCGGGUGUUCCCUCCCCUCGAUCUCCAAUCUCACGCACAAGGAUGAGUAUGUUGAUAUUGCCCAUCACAUGGGUCAGCUGGCUGGCGCUAUUAACAGGGCUCAGUUCAAGUUUGAGGACGCCGUACACAAUGCCCCCAGUGCUGAGGAAUUAGCUCAGGUCACUGAACUGGUCAAGGCCAACAAGACUGAGCUCAAUCAGACUCGGGCUCUGAUCUCGGAUCUCCAAGCUGAGGUAAAGAGACUUGGCUCCAAAUGCGAUGCUCAGCAAGGGACAAUCGAGAGCCAGUUGAUUGACCUCCAGGUAAAGAAUAGGAAGAUUGGGGAUUUGGAUGCUGCUCGGAAGAUAGCCGAGUAUCAAGUCAAGGAGCUGAUUGCUUCAACCCAGAGCAGCCAGAAGAACAAGGAAGCUGAGGUCAGGCUAGCCGUCCGGAGAGGAAAGAAGGAGGUAGCUGAUGCCUAACAAAGUUCUGGUUGUUGUCAAGGAGAAGUUCUCCAAGAAGAAGGACGAAGUCGAUCUCCUGGUUCAUGCUCAAGAGAUUCAAGCCAACACCGAGCUCCUGAAAGACAUGCUGGAUGGCGAGAUUAAGAGUACUCAAGACGAGUAUGAUCGCUUGGUGGCCAUGAUGCCGGAGGCUGUUGCGGCAUACGAGAAGGCUCAGGUCUCGGAUUUCUCGAUCGGCAAGCUCCCUCUUCCCCAACUCUCUGAGAGCUCAGGUACUUUCGAGGUUAAUAUGUUUAAUCUCUCCUUUUCUGGAGAGUUCGGUUCUAAUUUGGGAUUGGUGGGUUCUUACUCAGCCCCAGUCGAAGCCGCCCCUGGAGGUAGCGACAAGGAGAUGGAGGAGGAGGUUCCUGAGGAGGAAGAUCCGGCUGGUAAGGGAGCUGAGAAGAGCUCGGAUGACAAGGAAGUUUAAGAGCUGAGGCUCUUUCAUGUGUUUCUAGGAUUUCCGCCCAAUGGGCUUUGAUUUCUUUUGUUUUUAAGACUUAUGGCCUGAGGAGGCUUUUAAACCUUUAUCUGUUCGUACUUUGAAUCUUUG